UAAAAGGUAUCAAUUUGUGCAUACCAACGUAAACAUGGCUGACGAAGCUUUAGCUAGAGCUGGUCUACACUUUGAUGAGUUCAAUAAAAUCAGAGUCCUAGAGCCAGAAGUGGCUCAGCAGACAAAAGAGCUAAAAGAAGAAUGCAAAGAGUUUGUUGAGAAGAUUGGGGAUUUCCAAAAAAUUGUUGGAACUUUUAUAGAUAUGGUCGACAGUGUUGCAAAGGAAGUGGAAAAAGAAAAAAUCAAGGCUCUUGGUGCUAGAAACUUGUUGAAGUCUAUAACAAAGCAACGAGAGGCUCAGCAACAACAACUCCAGGCUUUGAUCACAGAGAAAAAGAUGCAGUUAGAAAGGUUGUUACGAAUCCAACAAGAUGCAUUACUGAAAGAGGAGGCCAGCCAAAAUGAGUUCAUUGAUCAACUAAUUUUACAGAAAUAGUUUGUACAUUAUCACAUUUAUGUUGUAUUUAAAUAUGAGUUUUUCCAUGCAUAUCAUCACUAAUCUGAUCCACAUUUUUCAAACUGGAUAUCUGCAGUGUACAUAAUCAUACAUUAUAUAUAUAUAUGUAUUUAAAAUUGUAUAUAUUUUGGCUUAGCUGUUGUUGUUGUUGUUUUUUUGCUAAGCUAAAAAUAAAACAAACUUUAUGUUUGCUGCAGCUGUGAUACAACAUUUUAUUUCAUGUUGAAUUAAAUGUUUUAAUAAGGAAA